AUGCCAACGAAUGGGAUCCACCAGGUCCUGAAGAUCCAGUUUGGGCUGAUCAACUGCGAGAGCCGGUACCUGACGGCGGAGAGCUUCGGCUACAAGGUGAACGCCUCGGCGCCCAGCCUGAAGCGCAAGCAGAUCUGGACGCUGGAGCAGGACGAAGCCGACGGCUCCGUCGUCUUCCUCAAGAGCCACCUGGGCCGGUACCUGGGGGCCGACAAGGACGGCAAGGUGCGCUGCGAGGCCGAGCAGCCGGGCCGCGAUGAGCGCUUCAGCAUCGUCACGCAGUCGGACGGGCGCUGGGCGCUGCAGUCGGAGCCGCACCGGCGCUUCUUCGGGGGCCGGGAGGACCGGCUGUCCUGCUUCGCGCCCAGCGUCACCGAGGGCGAGCUCUGGACCGUGCACCUGGCCAUGCACCCCCAGGCCAACCUGCUGAGCGUCAGCCGCCGCCGCUACGCCCACCUCAGCGCCCACGAGGACGAGAUCGCCGCCGACAGCAACCUGCCCUGGGGGGUGGACGCCCUCAUCACCCUCUGCUUCCAGGACAAGAAGUACAGCCUGCGCACCGCCGACGAGCGCUACCUGCGCUGCGACGGCACCCUGGUGCCCGAGCCCGGCGCCCGCACCGGCUACACCCUCGAGUUCAAGGCGGGCAAGCUGGCCUUCAAGGACUGCGACGGCAAGUACCUGGCGCCCACGGGGCCCACCGGCACCCUCAAGUCCGGCCGCAGCUCCAAGCCGGGCAAAGACGAACUCUUCGACCUGGAGGAGAGCCACCCCCAGGUGGUUUUCACGGCGGCCAACGGCAGAUUCGUCUCCAUCCGGCAGGGCGUCAACGUCUCGGCGAACCAGGACGAGGAGCUGCACCACGAGACCUUCCAGCUCCAGAUCGACCGCGACACCAACAAGUGCAGCCUGCACACCAACGCCGGCAGCUACUGGACCCUGGUGGCCCAUGGGGGCAUCCAGGCCGUGGCCACCGAAGUCGGUGCCAACACCAUGUUCGACAUCGAGUGGCGCGGGCGGCGCGUGGCCCUGCGCGCCAGCAACGGCCGCUACGUCUGCACCAAGAGGAACGGGCAGCUGGCGGCCGUCAGCGACGCCGUGGGGGAGGACGAGGAGUUCACCCUGAAGCUGAUCAACCGGCCCAUGCUGGUGCUGCGGGGCGAGCACGGCUUCGUCUGCUACCACCGCGGCUCCAACCUGCUCGACUCCAACCGCUCCGUCUACGACGUCUUCCACGUCGGCUUCAGCGACGGCGCCUACCAGAUCCGAGGCCAGGGGGGCAAGUUCUGGUACGUGGCGAGCAGCGGGGCGGUCUGCAGCGACGGGGACCUCUCCGAGGAUUUCUUCUUCGAGUUCCGGGAGCGCGGGCGCGUGGCCAUCAAAGGGAAGAACGGGCGGUACCUGCGCGGGGACCCGGCCGGCACCCUGCGGGCCGACAGCGAGUCGGUGCUGCGGGCCACGCUCUGGGAGUACUGAGCCACCGGGCGCUGGGGACGGGGUGGCCGGGGCGCUGGCACCGCCGCGGCCCCGAGCCCACCCUGCUCCUGGGACCGGGGCGGCCAGGAAG